GCCCUUUGCUACUGCGCCUGCGUGUGGGAGACGCCUCUCCCAGUUUGCGGGCGGGAAGCACCCUGGAGAACCCGGAUGGAACCAGGGCCUGGCUGAGGCGGAGGUUGUUGCGGAUGCUUCUGUCUCCAGGCCUACCGCAGAUUCCUGCUCGGGGGUCGGACCUGAGGAUCCGCCGCCUCUACUGGUUCCGUCGGCCAGAGACUGGGCCCUAGGCUGAGCGGAGAGUGGGGCUGGCGCCUGAAACGGGCGCCUAAAAGAAGUCCGAGCAUCCCAUAGGCCUGCGCCUCAGGCUUGGAGACGGGCGGGCGGAUACCGCGCUGAGUUUUUUUUCCUAGCGCUGGCGUUCUUAUCUCACCCAGGAGGCUGUAAAAAUCUCCGUCCUUAACAGUAACACCAUCAGGCCCUAUCAGUUAAGAGCUGCUUGUUAUUUGCAUGCAUUCUUAUAAUUAAACCUCCCAACAACCCUGUAAGCAAAAUUCUGUGGCAUCUCUGGAAUACUACCUGAGAAUUUUUGUGUGCCAUGUCGAAGAAACGCAAAUGGGAUGAUGACUAUGUUCGCUACUGGUUCACCUGUACAACGGAAGUAGAUGGAACUCAGCGCCCACAGUGUGUGUUGUGUAACUCAGUAUUUUCAAAUGCUGAUCUCAGACCAUCAAAACUGUCAGACCAUUUUAACAGACAGCAUGGUGGUGUAGCUGGGCAUGAUCUCAAUAGCCUGAAGCAUAUGCCAACACCGUCUGAUCAGAAUGAAACCUUGAAAGCAUUUGGAGUUGCAUCUCAUGAGGAUACUUUAUUACAAGCAUCAUAUCAAUUUGCGUAUUUAUGUGCCAAGGAGAAGAAUCCUCAUACAGUAGCUGAAAAGUUAGUGAAACCUUGUGCACUGGAAAUAGCACAAAUAGUUUUGGGACCAGAUGCACAAAAGAAGCUUCAGCAGGUACCCUUAUCAGAUGACGUGAUCCAUUCUAGAAUUCAUGAAAUGAGCCAAGAUAUCUUACAGCAAGUUCUAGAAGAUAUCAAAGCCAGUCCUCUUAAAGUGGGUAUUCAGCUUGCUGAGACAACUGACAUGGAUGACUGCACUCAGCUAAUGGCAUUUGUGCGCUAUAUAAAAGAAAGAGAGAUCGUAGAAGAAUUUCUCUUCUGUGAACCAUUGCAGCUAUCCAUGAAAGGAAUAGAUGUGUUCAAUCUCUUCAGAGACUUCUUUCUGAAGCAUAAGAUAGCACUUGAUGUAUGUGGCUCUGUUUGUACUGAUGGUGCCUCCUCUAUGCUAGGAGAAAAUUCCGAGUUUGUUGCCUACGUGAAAAAAGAGAUACCUCAUAUCGUAGUCACACAUUGUUUAUUGAAUCCUCAUGCACUUGUCAUAAAGACAUUGCCUACAAAACUGAGGGAUGCUCUGUUUACUGUGGUGAGGGUAAUAAAUUUCAUCAAAGGGAGAGCUCCAAAUCAUCGCCUAUUUCAGGCUUUCUUUGAAGAAAUUGGCAUAGAAUAUAGUGUCCUCCUUUUCCAUACUGAAAUGAGGUGGCUUUCCCGAGGCCAAAUACUUAGUCACAUUUUUGAAAUGUAUGAAGAAAUAAAUCAGUUUCUUCACCACAAAAGCAGUAAUUUAGUUGAUGGCUUUGAAAAUAAAGAGUUUAAAAUUCACCUAGCAUACCUUGCAGAUUUAUUCAAACACUUAAAUGAACUCAGUGCAUCUAUGCAAAGAACUGGGAUGAACACAGUAUCAGCUAGAGAGAAGUUAUCUGCUUUUGUUAGGAAGUUUCCAUUUUGGCAAAAACGAAUUGAGAAAAGAAAUUUUACCAAUUUUCCUUUUCUUGAAGAAAUAAUUGUUUCAGAUAAUGAAGGCGUAUUCAUUGCAGCUGAAAUAGCACUGCAUCUGCAACAAUUGAGCAACUUCUUCCAUGGAUAUUUUUCCAUUGGAGAGCUUAAUGAGGCAAGUAAAUGGAUAUUGGAUCCAUUUCUUUUUAAUAUCGAUUUUGUUGAUGAUAGUUAUUUAAUGAAAAAUGAUCUUGCUGAAUUACGAGCUAGUGGCCAAAUCCUAAUGGAAUUUGAGACAAUGAAGCUUGAGGAUUUCUGGUGUGCCCAAUUCACAGCGUUUCCAAACCUGGCAAAGACAGCUCUAGAAAUCCUUAUGCCAUUUGCAACUACAUACCUUUGUGAGUUGGGAUUUUCAUCACUUUUACAUUUCAAAACAAAGUCCAGAAGCUGCUUUAAUCUGAGUGAUGAUAUCCGUGUGGCUAUUUCAAAAAAAGUUCCUCGUUUCUCAGACAUCAUUGAACAAAAGCUACAGCUACAGCAGAAGUCACUGUAAGCUGAUAUACUUUUUUAAUGAAUAAUUUUAAUCUUAAUAUCAUGUAAAAUUAAGCUGUAAUUCUGUCUCUUUCAUAUUUAUGAUAUACUGAAUUCUAUGUCUAAAAAACUUAAGAACUUUAAUUUUGAAUGAGGCAUGUGAAAAUAUGUUUUGAGAAUAAAAACACAAACAGCAGAAAAGAUUAAGUACUACUGCCUAGUUGCUAUCAUGAGAUUUUCCUAAUUCUAAGUAUCUGUUUAACCUGUUUGUGUGGUAUAUGAAAAAGAUACCUAAGCACUAGAACAUCCAGCUAAAUGGUGCAAUAGGCUAGGAAUUGAGCCAGGAGAAAAGAGAAGAUAUCCCAGAAGUCAAAAAGGCAAAAUGACAGAUAGAGUUCGCCCAUCUUUGUUAUGGAGAGGUUAAUGAAAUCAGAAGAGGAUUAUGAAAUAUAAUGGGAAAAGGAAUGAUCUGGCUUAUAUAAGACUUAUUUUUAAAUAUACUCUUUGGAGUUAGUCUCACAAUGUCCAUUCCCCUAGCUCCUGUGCUAUGAAUAUCAUAUUAAUAAAUAGCCUAAUAUAUUAA